GCCAGUAGAGGCCGUGACUACAUUUCCCAUGAGGCGCCGCGGCCGCCGCCGGAAGCGCGGUGCCGUCGCGGGGGGUUGUGGGAGGAGGGCCUCUUCCUUUCCGGCGUGGGGCGCCAUCGGGUGAGGGGUAGCCAGCCAUGGGUGCCUACAAGUACAUCCAGGAGCUAUGGAGGAAAAAGCAGUCGGACGUGAUGCGGUUCCUCCUGCGCGUGCGCUGCUGGCAGUACCGCCAGCUCUCUGCCCUGCACCGCGCUCCGCGGCCGACCAGGCCAGACAAGGCUCGCAGGCUGGGAUAUAAGGCCAAGCAAGGUUAUGUUAUCUACCGUGUCCGCGUUCGCCGUGGUGGCCGCAAGCGCCCUGUCCCAAAAGGUGCAACCUAUGGCAAACCUGUGCAUCAUGGUGUUAACCAGCUGAAGUUUGCCCGCAGCCUCCAGUCCGUAGCAGAGGAGCGUGCUGGCCGUCACUGCGGGGCUCUGCGAGUGUUGAACUCCUACUGGGUGGGGGAGGAUUCCACGUACAAGUUUUUUGAAGUGAUCCUGAUCGACCCCUUCCAUAAGGCCAUCAGGCGCAACCCUGACACGCAGUGGAUCACCAAGCCCGUCCACAAGCACAGGGAGAUGCGUGGCCUGACGUCAGCUGGGCGCAAGAGCCGUGGCCUGGGCAAGGGCCACAAAUUCCAUCACACCAUCGGUGGCUCGCGCCGCGCUGCCUGGAGGAGACGCAACACCCUGCAGCUGCACCGCUACCGCUAAUUCUUGUAAACACAACGAUCUAAUAAAGCUGAGCGGGUUCUUGAAUUUAUCUAAA